GUCACAUCCGGGCGGUGAGUGAGUUCCGGUAUUUCAGGGCGGAGCAGGCGGAAGUAGGAGCGAGGAGCGGCUGCAAAGCCGAGCGGAGGAGGCAGGAACUCGAGCGUGAGCAAAAGCUGGGUGGGCACCAUGGCCGGGAUCACCACCAUCGAGGCGGUGAAGCGCAAGAUCCAGGUUCUGCAGCAGCAGGCAGAUGAUGCAGAGGAGAGGGCUGAGCGCCUGCAGCGGGAAGUGGAGGGGGAAAGGCGGGCCCGGGAACAGGCUGAGGCUGAGGUGGCCUCCUUGAAUCGUCGGAUCCAGCUGGUUGAAGAGGAGCUGGACCGCGCUCAGGAGCGCCUGGCCACUGCCCUGCAAAAGCUGGAGGAGGCAGAGAAAGCUGCUGAUGAGAGUGAGAGAGGUAUGAAGGUUAUUGAAAACCGGGCCUUAAAAGAUGAAGAAAAGAUGGAACUCCAGGAAAUCCAGCUCAAAGAGGCUAAGCAUAUUGCAGAAGAGGCAGACCGGAAGUACGAGGAGGUGGCUCGUAAGUUGGUGAUUAUUGAAGGAGACUUGGAACGUACAGAGGAACGAGCUGAGCUGGCAGAGUCCCGUUGCCGAGAGAUGGAUGAGCAGAUCAGACUGAUGGACCAGAACCUGAAGUGUCUGAGUGCUGCUGAAGAAAAGUACUCUCAAAAAGAAGACAAAUAUGAGGAAGAAAUAAAGAUUCUUACUGAUAAACUCAAGGAGGCAGAGACCCGUGCUGAGUUUGCUGAGAGAUCGGUAGCCAAGCUGGAAAAGACAAUUGAUGAUUUGGAAGAUGAACUCUAUGCCCAGAAACUGAAGUACAAGGCCAUUAGCGAGGAGCUGGACCACGCCCUCAAUGACAUGACCUCUAUAUAAACUGAAAUGCACCAAAGAGGAGCACCUCUGUACACAAAGGAUGCUGGACCAGACUCUGCUUGACCUGAAUGAGAUGUAGAACACCCCAGUCCCGCCCUGCGGCUGCUCCUCCCCUUGACCCCGACUCCGCCUGAGGCCAGCCUGCCCGAAGCUGACCUUUAAACUGAGGGCUGAUCUUUAACUGGAAGGCUGCUUUCUCCUCUCGCUAUCUACCCUCCAUUCUUUCCCCAUCAUAUCUUUUUUUUUUCCUGCCAACUAUCUCUGCCUCUCCCCAGAGAUUCCAGCUGGGCUAGGGGCUGAGCAUCUUUGGGAACAACAUUUAAGGGAACGUGAGCACAGUGCAAGUGUCUUUAAAAGCAUGUUGUGAUGUACACAUUUUGUAAUUACCUUUGUUGUUGUAGCAGCCAUUUGUAAAACAUUCCAAAUAACUGCACAGCUCUGAAGCAGCAAUCUAAUCCCUUUCUCACUUUUGAAAGGUAGCUUUUCAGCUUAAUGCAUAUUGCCCUCUCCAUAGAGGAGGGAAAGAAGUAUGAGCCUGCCUUACUGAGAGCCAGACACAGCCAAGGGAAAGACUCCCACUAUGGAAACCCUCAUUGCUCUGUACAAAACACGAGCCAAACCAGAAAGGUGAUUCCAGGAGGAGUCAGCCAAAAAAAGUUUUUAAUGUGCUGUUCAGGUUUUCAGCUUUAAGGUAUCUUAGAACAAGGUGAUUUUUAUUUUAUUUUACUUUUCACCAGAAGUGACCAAACAAAUUAAGACUUCUGUCUGUGAUCAAAUCAUUGCCCCAUCCUUCUCUACCCUCUUCCCAACUACUCACAGAAUGGAUCAUGUGCCCCUGUGGUGGGGUGACCACUUUAAUUGCUCGCCUUCCUCCUUUUUAAAAAGAUAGAAAAGAAAAUUAAGUGUCUGGCACUGAUUUAGCCAUAUGAAACUCAUCUCGUCACCCUAUUCUGGGUCUGAAGCUGCUGUCCCUCAGAGUGCCAUCUCAAGAGUGCUUUGUACUAGUCAGUGCUGGAGAAAUCUUGAAUAUCUAUGUACAAAACUUUUUUGAAAUUUUAUAUUACUUUGAAACUUUGCUUCUUUGGGGUUGGGGUGCACUGGCCACCCCAUCUGGCUGUGAGUUCUCUCUACAGUCUGUCGGCUGGCAGCGUGCUGAUGUUUUAAAAGUCUUUUAUGCACCCAGUUCCCCCUUUUUGGUGAGGUUUCUGUGAAGUGUGUUAGGUGUGCAUCCUGCAGCUUAUUGGCUUAAAAUGUACUCUCCUUUGGUGUGGUCUCUUUCAGGGGCCGAUUGGGAGAAAGAGAAACCAAUAGUGCAACUGUUUUGAUACUGAAAAUUGACAAGUGUCUUUUUGAAAUAAAGAACCAGUCCCUCCAACCUGACCUGCUUGACUUUUACUUUCUAAACCAAAUGUGUUUUCUCCACAGGAGCUAUGAAGUUUGGAUUGAAAAAACUAGACUUUUGUGGGUGGUAACAGCAG